GUAGAUAAAGUGUUAGAAUUAAACAAUAAAUAUUAUUAAAGAGGUGCUUAAAAGCUAGUAUCAAAGUCAACAAGUCUAAAUUUUAGAACAAUAAUUAAAUAUAAUAUGAUAAAGUAGCCUCCAAGCAUUAUCAGAACUGAAUUAACAUCUCCAAAUUAAGCAAAUAAAAUCCCUUGUGGCAAAAUAUUUAUGAAAUCAUUAUUACAAAAUAAUACUUAAUCAAGUCCUAUUCAAAAAAUUAAGCAGUCUUAAUACUAAAAUGCGUCUUAUAGCAUCAAAAAUCAUUUAAAGUCAGAAGAAGAUGAAGAGCUAUCUAAAUCAUAUUUAAAUGAUACAAGAUAAAAUUUAAGUUAAAGUGGCUGGAAUUCAAUAUAGAGCAAUGUUAAUGCUUACGGGAAAUAGUAGCAUUUAUUUUAAUAAAACUAAUUCAAUUAAAACUAAGAUUAUUUAUCUAAGAAUGGGAAAAGCGACUUCUCAUUCAGUAAAAUUAAUGCUCUUCUUCAUGAAUAAAAUGCUGAAAAUAGCUAUUUAUUUAGAUAUAAUUCAAAGAGAAACAGUAACAUUAAUUAAAUAUCAUCGAAGUAAAACAGCAGAGCACAUAGUGAGGAUAUAACUCAAAACAAUUUUAAUACUAAUAAUAAAGAUGAUUCUUUUAGAACAAAAAAAUAAUCACUACAUCUCCCUAAGCAAGACCAUUCCCCUCAAAAGAGUAAUAUGCUUACUGAAAAUUCUACAUAUUUUAAUGGGACAAAAAGUCCUCAAAAGAAUUGGAAAGAUAUUGAGGAUGAGAUAAAAAUUCUUAAAAAAGUAUUAAAAUAAAAUAUUGCAGAUAUUAGUACUACGAAUAUCUCUUUAAAUAAAUCUUAAAUUGAGUCAAAUUAACUAUAGUCAAAACAUUAAAGCUAGCAUAGUCCUUUAAAAGAAUCAAAUUUUUUGAGUACCAAAUAAACUUUGAAUACAUAAAAUGAAAAUGUGAGACCAUUGACGUCUCUUUCUUCAUAAUCUACAAUGAUAUAAUAGUUGAUGUAAGAAAACUCUAAUUUGAAAAGAGAAAUUGAGAAACUGAAGAUAAAUUAAAAAGUUGAGUUGGAAGAAGUAAUGAAUAGAGAAAGAGAAGAAAUUAAAAUAGUGAUAAGUUAGUACAAGUAAUUUAUUGAUAAAUUGUUAAAUGACAAGAAAUCACUUAAUGUAAAUAUCCACUAAUUAAAUGUGUAAUUAUAACAAAUACAAGAAGAGUCUAGAAAACUAAAAUCUAAAAACUAAGAACUUUAAACUGAACUAGAUUAAGUUAAAUAAGAGUAUUUAAGCCUAUUAGAAGAGUGGAAUGACAAAGAAGAAAGAGAAAAUGAUUUAAGCCAUCAUAAUUAAAAUAACUUUAGCUAAGCAUAGUAACAAUAAUAGGAAUUAUAAAAUUUCUACCCUUUGAAUGUUGAAAGAAUAGACGAAGAGAAUUCAUAAGAAGCAAAUUCUUAGAAUACAAAUUAAACAAGGAAAAUAAGCUCUGCAGGGACAUAAUCAUAGGACCGUGCUAUAGAUAGUUAUUUUGGUAAUUACCAAUUUGAUAAUCAUAAUGAAGAAAUAAGAAGAAGUUCAGGACUAAAUAUUUCUAAUGAAUAUCAAUGUGGUGAAAAUAACCAAUUGAACUUAAGGCCACAAUCUUAAAAUUAAAAUAAAGUUUAAAAUAUUGAAUAGAAUUAAGAAAUAAAUCCUGCUUAGCAUUAAUAAAGCAAAAGUAGAUAAAAUUAAAAUAAUUAUUAAGGUUAAUAUAAUUAUUCUGAAUUAAAUAAUAACUCUUAACGAAACUAUAAAAGUGAUGCUGAUUUUAAUCAGCCUUAGCAAUAGUCUUUUAACGAUAUUGAAUUUAACCAAAGAGAACAUAGUAUCAAUUAAGAAAAAGAAUAUGAAAGGAAGACUUCAGCUUCUUUUAAAGAUGGUCUUCUUGCCCAUUUAAAUGAAGUGAUUAACAAUAUUUCAUAAGAAAAAAUGAAAAUCAGAGAUGCUCUCAAAAGUAAUUUAGCUUCAUCAACAAGCAAUCCUUAGAUUUAAAAUCAAAACCAAACCGUUAAUAAUUAGUAGACAAGAAACUAAUAAAGUUUUAUAAAUUAAGAAAGUUCUAAAAUUUCUUAAAAUUAAUUAUAAAUUAGCUCUGAGAAAUUGAGAAAUAACUCUUCAAGAAGUUAUAAUGAUUAUCAGGAUUUAAAUAUAAAUUAAAAUGAAAUUAAUUCAUAGUCAGAUGUUAAAUAACAGAAAAAGCCUGACGAUGAUUUACAAUAAUAAUACGAAAGCAUUAUAUAAAAAAUUAAAGAACAACAAAUGUAAAAAUAAUAGAAUCAUAAUAAUAUUUAAAUUCAAAUGUACAAUAACAUAAAUUAUGAUUAAAAUACCUUAUAAAAUAGAGAAGAUAAUGAGCAGCAUAUAAAAAAUGAGUAAUUAUAACAUCUGCCACUAUCAUAAAUACAAUAAAAUAAUAUUGAAUAAAAUUAUAAAAAUUCUAGUGAACAAUUUUCAUUUAGAGAAUAUUCAUGA